CCCGGGAGCCCUGUUGCUCGAUGCCUGCUCAGGGGCUGGGGGCAGAGCAGCCCUGCAGGGCCCCGCACCGGGGCACCGGGCUGGGCUGCUGCCGGGGCCCCGCGGGAGAGCGGAACACAAACCCGGCGAUGGCGCUGCUGAAGCUGCCCACCUACACUCAGCGGCUGGGAAACCGCAGGGCCGGAGCGCGCCCGGGAGAAGCAACAUCAGGAGAGCUCGGAUCCCACGCCCCGGCAGCAGCCGUGACCCUCCCGGGGGCGGCCCCUCGGCGGGCACAAAGCCGCGCUCGGCCGCUCUCCGGGGAGCAGUGUGCCGCUGUCCCGGUGCUGCUGCUCAUCCCUUCCUUCCGCCGGGUGCCGCCUUCGCAGCGCCCGCCCUCCAUCGCUGCCUGCCCGCUGGCGGCGGGCGCGGGCCCGGGGCAGCCGCGCCAUGGAGGAGGCGGCCGCUGCUGUCGGGGCACCGCCGCCCGCGACUGCUGCUGCUCCUGCUGCUGCUGCUGCUGCUGCUGAUGAUGAUGCUGCUGCUGGGGCCGAGCCAUCGUCCGGGGCCGCCGCCUCCCGUCCGCGCCGGCUGCUGGCGCUGCUCGGGGCCAAGCUCUGCACCUGGCGUAUUUUGAAAACUGUAAUUCUGGGCCAGAUGCUCUCCUUGUUUAUCUGUGGGACUGCUGUUACAAGCCAGUACCUGGCAGACAAAUACCAAGUGAAUACUCCAAUGUUGCAAAGUUUCAUCAACUAUUUUUUGCUGCUUCUAGUUUAUACAACAAUGCUGGUAUUUAGAACUGGCAAUGACAAUCUCUGGCAGAUUUUGAAACAGAGGUGGUGGAAGUAUAUUAUUUUGGGACUGGCUGAUGUUGAAGCCAAUUACACGAUUGUAAAAGCCUACCAAUAUACAACCCUCACAAGUGUGCAGCUCCUCGACUGUUUUGGGAUUCCUGUGCUGAUGGCUUUGUCCUGGUUCCUUCUCCGAGCAAGAUACAGGCUGAUACAUUUUGUUGCUGUUGCCAUCUGUUUGCUGGGUGUUGGAAUAAUGGUGGGUGCAGACAUUUUGUCAGGGAGGGAGGAAGGUGAAGGUAGUGACGUGGUGAUUGGAGAUGUCUUAGUGCUUCUUGCUGCUUCUUUGUAUGCCAUUUCUAAUGUGGGUGAGGAAUACAUUGUGAAAAAUCUGAGCAGAGUGGAGUUUCUAGGAAUGGUGGGCUUGUUUGGGACUAUUAUCAGCGGUCUACAGCUAGCCAUUGUGGAACAUAAGGAGAUAAUGAAAAUUCAGUGGAACUGGAAAAUUGCACUACUGUUCAUAGCCUUUGCCCUGUGCAUGUUUGGGCUGUACAACUUCAUGCCAGUUGUGAUUAAAGUUACCAGCGCAACCACCGUCAACCUGGGGGUUCUGACUUCAGAUCUCUACAGUCUCUUCCUUGGGCUUUACCUGUUUCAUUACAAGUUUUCAGGUCUUUACAUCGUGUCCUUUGCUAUCAUCAUGGUGGGCUUCACCUUGUACUGCUCCACUCCCACGCACACGGCAGAACCCGCGGCCCCGCCGCAGCCCAGCAGCUCCGGCCUGGACAACGCGGCGCUAAAGCUGGAGGAGAACGACGGCGAAACCCCGGCCGUGGCUGUGCAGUUCUCCGGGGGAGAAACUGUGGUGGUCAGCACCAAUUAAAGAAAUGGCAGCACUUCAAAACAGAUUUAUUUUUUAAAUUGCCAUAUUUCCCUCAAUAUUAAUCCAGAGAACUGUCCUACUGCCAAGGCACAUGUCAUACUGUGCUGGGUUUAAUGCACUUGAUAGACUUUUAAGGCCAGAUCCUGAAUCAGUGAAACGGUAUUGAUUUGCCCUUGCAGAAAAUCUGGCCUUUAGAUGAAGACAGAUUAAUGUUUAUGUGGAGUCUCUGGAAAGUGAGAGACUGUUAUUUUUGAGUACUUAAUUAACUUAACAACAAAUGCUUGGGGGAAAAAAAAAACUAAGCCAAAGCAAGCUCCCAGGUCACUUAAUGGGGAGCAAAUAUGUUUUAUAUAGCAUUAGGGACCUAAAUCUGCAUGAUGCUGGCUGAGGGCUUCAUGAUUUCCACCCCUCAGUGCAGGGUGCCCUCAGGCAGCAUCUUGCAAAAGCUGCUCAGCUUCUCACAGGACCUGAUUCAGCAAGCCACAGUACGUUCACACACCUUCUACGUGCCAGUGGACUUCAUUCCUCUGCGGAAGGAUUUGGUGCCUACAUUCCACCCAAAUGUUCAUCUCGUCAUAUUGCUGCACUCCAUGUCACCACUGGGGUUGCAUUGUGUAUUUCAUUUCGAAUUUUGCUAGUAUGGGAAGUUUGAAUAUGUAUUUUUAUAAUUCCUCCUGUUUCUCUCUGUGGCCUUUUCUUUGAUGCAUUCCUGUUAGCUGUGAGGAGGAAAAGGCAGGCUCUUCUUCUCUUCAGUAGAGCUGAAAGUGGGGUUUUUUUCUAGAUUAGGUUUGAAUGGAGGUUCACUUCUCAGUGAGUUUCUCCCUGAAACGGGACACAUUUCUGCUGCAAGAGUUGUAAUAAAAUUGGCAUUUCUUCAAAAAAUUGAAUCAUUUAAGCCAACUCUCAUGGCAACCAUAAUGACACAAUAUCCAAAAGGUUAGGUGCUUUCAGUAGAUAUACUGGCAGUUUUCAUAAUUCUCUUUAUAUUUACAGUAAAUGAUGAAAAAAUACAAGGCUGCAGUUUCAAGAUCAGUAAAACCAUACUGAGGUUUUAUUUUAUAUUUUGUACAAGCCUUAAGAGCUCAGGUGUAUGAAGUAAAAAAAGAAUAAAGUAUCCAGCAGCUGGA